ACAGGUAGUUGUUUAAUAAGUUCGCGAUCGUGACUUUUCAUAUUACGAUCGAUCAGUAAUCAUUUUGGGCACAUUGCUAUAAAUUCGUAAUUUUCAAGUUUAAUGUGUUUAUCGUUUCUUAACUAGAGUUAGUGAGGAAAGUUUAGUGAGAAGAUGCAAAAAACUGAAAAACAUUUUAAACCGAGGAUUUUCAGUUUUGCUGUAUUUUUAAUACAAGUUAUACACACAAUUGCACAAGAUUAUGAGGUAACAGAAAUUCAGUGUACCUUUGGAAGUGGAAACAAUGUAGGUAGUCGAGAUUCAAUAUUAGCAAAACUAAGAAAACCAGACGGCUUUAAAGGAAAUCCAUUGUUUGCGGAUGAUCGGGGAGUAGAUCCAGAAAAAGACCACGUUUGUCAAAUUAGGCCAGACGUUUCUGAUCCAACAGGUUUGAAAUAUAAUUUGAAAAUAACAGAUUUCGGCAGAUGUGGAGUAUUAAAACGUAAUGGAUUUGUUCAUGUCAGAGUGUGGUUUCCUCAGUUUCCUGGAGUGGUCAUGCAGUCAGAUCAAGAAUUGAUAAUUAUGUGCAAGCCUCCGGAACCGACAGUUAUUGAAAAUAAGGCAGCUGGUUUUGCUGGUAGUUUCCCACAUGGUGCAAGAGUAUCUGGAGUAGUCGAAGAAACUCCCGGUCGAUUAGAAUACGAGGUUGCGCUUUAUAAAGAGGCUCCUGCUGCUAGAAUUAGUAACAUAACAAGCAGUGAACUUCCUGUGGACCAAGCAGUUCCUAUAGGGACAAAAUUGCAACUAAGAGCCCGCAUUAGCCCCGAAUCUGCUUGGAAGUAUGUCAAGUUAAUGGAGGUUACAGUCAGCCCUGACCCUGAUGACCCGCAUAUGAUUGGAAGUGUCGCACUUGUUAAGGAUGGCUGCAGAAAUCGAGAUUUUGCUUCGAUUAUUCCUCACCAACCAGCUCGCUAUCGUGAAAGACAUAAUGAGGUCUUUUUGGAUUUUGAGGCCUUUUUAUUAAGUACUAUGAAAGAACGAUCAACUUUGUGGAUUCAUUCCCAAAUAAAAGCUUGCAUGGACGCCGCUGACUGUCAGCCUGAUUUUUGCUUGGAUUUAUUCGAACCGUCAGGCCACGGCAGAAAACGUCGUGAUUUAGAAGCAAUAGAAAUUGUUGAAGCUCCUGAUCUUCCCCCUCCCAAUGAAAAGUAUAGUAACGCAACGCAAUACACUAAAAUUAAAGAAAAUUUAGAAUACACCGUUCUAAUGCCAGGGGAAUAUUAUCACCGAACAUCAGCUGCCAUGGAAACUUCAUGUAGCACUUUUUUAGCGAUUGCUGCAAUUUUAGGUUGUUUACUAUUUCUAUCUGCAUUCAUAAUGUGUUGGUUAGCAACUAGAUUACAUGCAGCACUAAUAGGGACAGUUAAUACCAGUAAAAAUAUUGAUCAAUUAGUUCGUGAAAACAGACAUUUUACUGAGUCCGGUUAUACUGGAAGAGCCACAACACAAUGACUGUUAAAAUUAGGCAUUUUAUAAAUGUCUAUUAUUUUCAAUUUUUCAAUACCAAAUAUGUGAUCGUAUGCACCGGCGGUGAUAGACAUCAAAUUAUGUUUAGUACUUUUCACAUCAACCACUGUUCCCAUAAUAAUCGUUGCAACGGUAACAAAAAUAAUGUUGUCAAAUUACUUUCUCUGCUGGAUAGUCAAUCUAGUACAUACAUGAAACUAGACCACCGUUAAUCGCACUUUAGACUAUGUGUAACUGACUUUAAUAAUAUUUUUUGACAUUCACAUACAAAAUCAAAUUAGUGCCAAAUUUCCGAUUUUCAAAAAUUCACGUAAACCACUUUUUGUGAUAAUUGAUCGAGAUAAGCAGAUAAGAUACUCCGACUAGUUAAACAAAUUUGAAAUAUUUUUAAGUUAAAUACUUCAUAAUUUAACUCAAAUUAAAAGAGAUUCGAUAUGUUAAUAUUUUCCUUAAAUCCCAAUAUCUCUAUUUUAUCAAACUGUGCAAUAAAAAGAAUAAAUAUAAUCUAUCAUUUGUAUAUAGCAUAAGAAUCGUUGGAAUUGGUAACAUAUUUGCAAUUUUAAAAGUUUAUUCGUUGAUUAGUGAUUACCUACGAAAUAGAUACUUAUUAUUUUAUCUACCUGCAUUAUGAAUUAUUUUGUCAUCGUGUCAUUGUUAUACAUUAUUAUAUCAACCUACCUCUUUGACACUUCAACCAAUAUUAUUUAUUUUU